CAGCGCACCGUCGUUUAUUGUGUACUGGACAAGACGGCGCGUGCGUUCGUCGGGGGGAGCUGUGCAGUGUGGCAGGGUAUUUUUCCCUUCUCUUUCUGAGGAAAACAUCUGUUCGGAGCUGUUCAUGUAAAUACGGAUUUUUCGGACGUGGUUUUAAAGAUGUGUAUCCCUUGCUGUUUAUCUCAGUUGGCCUGCUGCUGCGGUUCGGCUGCCUGCUCACUGUGCUGCGCUUGCUGUCCCAAGAUCAAGCAGUCGACAGGGACACGCUUCAUGUACGCUCUCUACUUCAUGCUGGUCACCGUCAUCUGCGUGAUCAUGAUGUCACCCACCGUGGAGAUGCAAAUGCGCAAUAAUAUUCCCUUUUAUCAAGAGAUUUGUGAAAAGCUGAAUGCGGGAGAGAACUGCAGCGCUCUGGUCGGUUACUCCGCCGUCUACAAAGUCUGUUUUGGCAUGGCGUGCUUCUUCUUCUUCUUCUCCAUGUUCACCAUCCGAAUACAGAGCAGCAUAGGAUGUCGGGCGGCUCUACACAACGGAUUCUGGUUCUUGAAGUUUUUGGCUUUGCUAGCCUGCUGUGCAGGAGGCUUCUUCAUACCUGGUGAAGAGAAGUUUCUCGAAGUGUGGCGUUAUGUGGGAGCUGCCGGAGGCUUCCUAUUCCUAGUAAUCCAGCUCAUGCUCCUGGUUCAGUUUGCACACAGAUGGAACCAGAACUGGAGUUCAGGUGUAGAUCACAACAAGUUGUGGUACGCGGCGCUGGCUCUGGCCACAUUGGUGCUCUUCUCUGUGGCAGUGGGUGCUCUGAUCUUUAUGGUCAUGUACUACACACACCCUGAGGCCUGCUUCCUCAACAAGGUCUUCCUGGGUGUGAACUCAGGUUUAUGCAUCAUCGUCUCACUGCUGGCCAUUUCACCCUGCAUUCAGACAUUCCAGCCAACCUCAGGCCUGCUCCAGCCUGCAAUUAUCAGUGUCUAUGUCAUGUACCUCACCUUCUCAGCACUGUCCAGCAAGCCCAUUGAAAUGGUGGAGCACAAUGGAAAGAACGAAACUGUCUGUGUCUUUAAAAUCUCUGGAUCAGAGGUGGACAGAAAUGUAGCAACGGGUGUAGGAACGGCAAUUUUAUUCGGCUGUGUGCUUUAUUCAUGUUUGACCUCCACUACAAAGAGGAGCUCAGCAGCAUUACGAGUGUACAGAAACUCCAUGCAAGAAAAUGAGAGAGCACGUUGCUGCUUCUGCUGCACUGACUUUGCAGAUGACUAUGAGGAGGAGGAGAAGGCUGCAGGAGGACAGAAUGUCUUUUAUGAUGAGAAGGAGGGCACUGUCUACAGUUAUGCCUACUUUCAUUUUGUCUUCUUCCUCGGCUCUCUCUACGUCAUGAUGACGGUCACAAACUGGUUCCAUUAUGACAAUGCUAAGAUAGAGAGAUUGUUGGAAGGCAGCUGGUCAGUGUUCUGGAUCAAGAUGGCGUCUUGCUGGGUUUGUCUCUUCCUCUACAUGUGGACCUUGGUGGCCCCUAUGCUCUUCCCAAAGAGGUUUGAAGCAUAAAGGCAGUUUCCAGCUCCGCAGCACAUGUGUCCUACCACUAAAGAGCUCUGUUUAUCUUCUGUUACCUCUCCUUAAGUGUUCCAUCUAAAUGUUUUUACUUGUACUCUAACCUGCCUGAAAAUUUAAAGACAGACCAGUGGAGAUUUGUUACAUGUUUGGGUUUUGAUGUUCUUUUGCUUACUUAGUAUUCAGGAGGACAUUGUGUUUUCUUUUCUUUUGAUAAGGAAAUAGAAACCAUGAGGGUAUGAAAGCAAAGCCAAUUGCUCAGGCUCUCUUCAUUGUUACUGUCUUGUGGGUUACAUUUGUAUCUUUUGAUAGAUAAAGUAUUCUAUGCAAGUCAACCAAGAGCGUGUGUUUAAUUCCAAUCUCCAUCUAUUUUCUGUUCACGUUUGUCUUUAUAUGCCAUUUUCAUUUUUAUAUACUAUUCAUACCAAAAUGCUAGAUAGCUAUGAAGAACAUUAUUUCCAAGUGUAUUAUGUAUGUUUUAAUAGUCUAAUAGAAUAAAAUAAUUGUUUGGGUAAGCAAACAUUCCUGGGGCAUUCUCCCUUUAAGUUUAGGCUUCUGAACAUUUAAUUCGCUAAUGAUGAUGAGCGGUUCGUAUUGAGCUUCAGACUGGCUCUGUGUGCUAAAAUCAUAAAGGUUCUCACAGGUACAGCUAGCUUGUGGUGAUCAUAGCCAUUCCAUUGCUUUAUUCUUUAGCAUUACAUCCAAAUGUGCCUUGGAUGCUCUAAAUUAUUUGACCAUAUUAGAGCCGUACUCAUGCUCAAGACUUGCAUGGAUUCCUCCCAGUGUAAAUAAAAUCCAUUUUUCACUCUGCACUACAUGUAAAGUCAUUUUACGCAAAAUGCUCCAAAUUUGUAAAACACGUUUAAUUAAUCAGAAAUUGUUUAAUGAAGGAAACUGAAGUGUUUUGUUAGUUUAAGCUUACAGCUUAACAGUACCCUGUAAGGGUUGUGUUUGCAUUCGCUUUAUCUGUUUAUGAUGCGUGUGUUUGUGUGUAUGUCAGUACUAAGAAGGACAUGUGUGAAACUAAAUAUUGAACUGGAAUUCUUUUUUUCUGUAUGUUGUGGGGGUUUUUUGGGUUUUUUUAAAAUCUAAAAUUCAUUCUUUUUUUUUCUUUCUUUUUUUCUUUUUACACACGUUGCAUAUUGGUUUGGAUUUGAACAUUGGCAUUACCUCUAACAAUUAAAAUGAAGUAAAGAUUUA